AUAUUAAACGAUAAUGUCAAAUCAUCCAUAAGCUGCUUAAUAACCAUAAUAAGCUCCAGCUCCUUAGACAUAAUAAAGACCUACAGGUCCAGUUUAUCCAAAUACUUAUUUACCACCUACUUAUUAUCCAGCUUCUCCGAUUAGAUAAUCUUAUGUGGCUCCAGUUGCUCCAGUUUAAUAUGCACCAGUGGCUCAAAUGCCUGUUGCACCUAUAGCUUCUGUUCCUGUUUAAUAAUUCGCACCUGUUUAAGUUUAGCCAAUUGCAGUUGCCCCUGUAGCUCCAGUUGCUUAAGUAAAUUUGAAUUUCAUUUUAGCACCAAUCAAUAAAAGGUGAAUCUAGAAUAGAAUACAUUCCAUAUUAAAAAGCUGUUGUUGAAUAUGAAGAAUAAGAAAUUGUGUCCUAUGUUCCAAGAGAAACUAAAGUCACAGAUUAUUAUGCUGUUGAAUAUUAAACUGAAUAUAUUCCCUAAGUAUUUUAAGAGAAAUACACAGGUAAUAAAUGAAAAUAUAUAUUUCAGAAUAUGUACCAGUUGAUAGAUAUUAAGAAAGAGUUGAAUAUUAUCCAGUAGAAAGAUAAGUUGUUCAUUAACAGCCAACUUAAUAUGUAUAAUAAGCUGUAUCAGUUGUUCAAUAACCUGUGAUCCAAUAAUCAGUUCAAUACGUUUAAUAACCCGCUUAAUAUGUUUAAUAACCAGUCCAAUAUGUUUAAUAACCAGUCUAAUAUGUUUAACAACCAAUGAUAGCAUCUAGAGUUGUUCCUUAAUUUGCAUAACCAUAAUAAUAUAUUCCUGCACCAGUAGCAAGACCAUCAUAACCACAAUAAUAACAAACACAUUAACCAUAAUAAGUUCCACCAUAAUAGCCAAGGACUUAGGCAGCCUAAUAACAGCCUUCAUAAUAGUCAUGAA